GCGCAAUAUUUUACUAAAACGGAAACCCCAGUCCCGUGGGCCUUGGGUCCAGAGUCCGAAACUCCAGACUAGCACGAGACUGAACUUGGACGCUGUUUCACACCACAUUCACCUAUCUCAAGACUUGCCGCCACCGUGAAGGAUAACAGUUCACACCGCUGCAGACACAGAGCUUCGAUCGCCGGUUUAUAAUUACUCACUACUCACUGCCCACCACAAGCCUCUAUUCUUCCCGCCCCCAUCCGAGAGAAACACCCGACACACACAGCAGAUGGCGAUGACGCUAUUCAAGGAGUUCCAGCUCCCGCAGCAGAAAAUAUACGAUUCAGUUCCUUUCCCCGCCGUCCUGACUCCAAAUUCUCCUCCAUCAUCAUCACUCGAUCUCCUCACUUCCGCCGUGAAAUCCGAGAAGCCCUUCCUCGAAUCCCUCCUCCUCAAAUCGGGGGCGAUACUCUUCAGGGGAUUCCCUGUCUUCUCUGCUUCCGAUUUUAACGGCGUCGUCGAAUCGUUCGGCUUCCAGGAGCUCCCUUACGUCGGCGGCGCCGCUCCCCGGACCAACGUCGUCGGCCGCGUAUUCACUGCCAAUGAGUCCCCUCCUGACCAGAAAAUCCCUUUUCACCACGAGAUGGCCCAGGUGCCUGAGUUCCCGUCAAAGCUGUUCUUCUUCUGCGAAGUGGAGCCUAAAACGGGCGGUGAGACUCCGAUCGUUCUCAGCCACGUGGUGUACGAGAAGAUGAGAGAGAAGUACCCGGAAUUCGUCCGGCAAUUGGAGAAACAGGGGUUGAUCUACAACAGAGUGCUGGGCGAGAAAGACAACCCUAAUUCCCCAAUCGGCCGUGGCUGGAAAUCCACGUUCUUGACAGAAAACAAGGCCGUCGCAGAGGAAAGGGCAGCGAAGCUAGGAAUGAAGCUGGAAUGGUUGGAAGAUGGAGUGAAGACGAUAAUGGGACCGAUUCCGGCAGUGAAGACGGACGAGUCGAGGGCGAAUCGGAAGAUAUGGUUCAACAGCAUGGUGGCUGCGUACACGGGUUGGGAAGAUGAAAGGAAUGACCCGAAGAAGGCUGUAACCUUCGGUGAUGGGACACCAUUGCCCGGCGAUAUCAUCCAUGAUUGUUUGAACAUUUUGGAACAAGAAAGUGUUGCAAUUCCUUGGAAGAAAGGCGAUGUUCUUCUGAUUGAUAACUGGGCUGUUCUUCAUGCCCGGAAAUCUUUCAUCCCGCCUCGACGAGUUCUAGCUUCCCUCGUCAAGUAAUGGCGAUCGUGUACUCUCUCCGUAAUGUCUGGAGAAGAUGCUUAUACAGACUACAGUGAACAAAUAAAGUUGCUUCUUUUUCUUAUGAUCUCUAAUCUCUUUAGGACACUUGUAAGUUUUAACAUGCUGUUGGAGAUUGGAAAACAGGAUCUAGUUACAAUCCAUUCGGCUCGCGAUUUGAUCUUUGUAGUUUUGCUUAGCUCCUGUAUGGAGUCGGAGUGAGUCAUUGUCCAGUUCUAAACUUGCUCAUAGAACUCUGUAAUCAACACGAAAAAUUAGGUCC